AUGCAGCUAAGUAAUGCCGGUAAAGCUUCAGAUGAUACAUGCAAUCUAGUUGAUAAGGCUCCUGUUCUAACAGAUAAAUUUGAAAUUGGAGGAGUGCGACCGCACCAUCGCUCAUAUGCACGGGCCGCCAAUAGUUGUCAACAACAAAACCCCAAAAGGACUGUGCCACCACCGAAGAAAUUAAAAUUUGUAGAUGCACCAUGGUGUGGUUAUUGUAAACAAUUAGCACCAGAAUAUGAGAGUGCAGCCCAGCAUUUAGCUCAAAAUGAAUUAUCAGUUAAAUUGGGCAAAGUAGAUGCUACUAUUGAGAGGGACUUAGCUGAACAGUUUGGUAUCCGAGCAUAUCCAACUUUGAAGCUCUUUAAAAAUGGAAAACCAAUUGACUACACAGGUGGCCGAACCAAGGAUAAAAUUAUUCAAUGGGUAACAAUGAAGUCUGACCCAACUAAAAAUGUUUUGAAAUCAGAAGAAGAAUUGAAAUCAUUCAUUAAAAGCAAAAAUGUUACUAUUGUUGGUUUUUUCGAAAAUUUUGAUUCAGAUGCAGAAAAAUUCUUUUUAAAAUUGGCUGACUCUCCUUAUAAUUAUCGAGUUGGUCUUGUGACAGAUUAUUCUAAAUUUUCUGAUUUAGAACACAAGGAUAAAUUUGUUGUAUACAAAAAAUUUGGCGAAAAGAAACUUGUAUUGGAUGGAGAUAUUUCUAAAAUUGAAGACAAACUAUCUAUUUUUCUUUUUUCAUUAUUUUCCUUUGUGCGAUUUAGACCAGACCUAUGUAGUGAAUAUGAUAAACAAAGUUUAAGUUCCUUUAGAGAUGCGAAUGUUUGUCACAUACGUCAACACAGUCAAAAAAAACCAUCUGAACCGUCUGAAAAAAAUAUAUAAAAAUAAAACAAUUAAGUAUAGAUGCACCAUGGUUGUGGUCAUUGUAAACAAUUAUCAUCAGAAUAUGCGAGUGCAGCCCAGCAUUUAGCUCAAAAUGAAUUAUCAGUUAAAUUGGGCAAAGUAGAUGCUACUAUUGAGAGGGACUUAGCUGAACAGUUUGGUAUCCGAGCAUAUCCAACUUUGAAGUUCUUUAAAAAUGGAAAACCAAUUGACUACACAGGUGGCCAAACCAAGGAUGAAAUUAUUCAAUGGGUAACAAUGAAGUCUGACCCAACUAAAAAAGUUUUGAAAUCAGAAGAAGAAUUGAAAUCAUUCAUUAAAAGCAAAAAUGUUACUAUUGUUGGUUUUUUCGAAAAUUUUGAUUCAGAUACAGAAAAAUUCUUUUUAGAAUUGGCUGACUCUCCUUAUAAUUAUCGAGUUGGUCUUGUGACAGAUUAUUCUAAAUUUUCUGAUUUAGAACACAAGGAUACAUUUGUUGUCGGAGCCACAUGCACUACCUACACUGUUGUUGUUGGUACCUCUGCGUCGGUGCCGGAGCUCAACAUGACGCGUUGUCUGUGUUCGCGUACGUGCGUUGUCCGCCAUAUCGUUUUUGGCACGAGAGCCGUAUUGCCACAUGUGUGCGUCGCUUUCUCUUUUUCGUUUUUUGUGCGUGUCGGCCGUGUCGUCGGCUUGUUGGCGCGAUUUUUGUGCUGGGCGCUUCGCUCGCGAAACCCAUCGUUUGCCGAGUGCUUUCCGUUUCGGAUCCUCGUCCUUUGCGGGCCUUGUCGGUCGAAAUGAUCAUAGGACAGUGGUGCUCGUCGGUGACUCAUUGACGCGGUCAAGAUUCCUGCGUGUCCAACAUCUCGCCGUGUAGGUUAACGCCAACACUAGGUGUCUAGACGAUUGUUCGAAUCAGAAAAUAAUGAAGAGUACCCGUCCGUCCAAAGCGUAAUCAAAUUCGUCAGGUCACGGCUGCAAGUGCUUGAAAAUGCAGGUGCCCGAUCUUCGGGAAGCUCUUCCAAAUCCUAUACCAAGCCGAAACUGCAAGGAUCUCGUCGAGAUACAAAGGUUGCUUUUGUUUCAGCAACAAAACCUGUACAGGCAAAAUGCCAUUUAUGCUCCGGUGCCCAUCGUUUGGCCGAUUGUAGUAAAUUUAAAGCGGCGUCCGUUGACGACCGGUACAAUACUGUCUGCACCCAUCGUCUCUGUAUGGUUUGCUUUGGGGAAGGGCAUAUGUCUCACAAGUGUCCUGCCUCGUGCUCGAUUUGUAAGCGGAGACAUCACGCGUUAUUGCAUCGAGAUGCAAUCGUGAAGAAGCCCGCUCCGCCAGCUGCUCUGCUAGGUCGACAUGAAGCGCCCACCGUUUUAUUAGGUACUGCUCUGGUACACGUUCGGGAUACAGUGGGGAGCUUUAGGACAGUGCGUGCUCUGAUUGAUUCCGCAUCACAGAUUAGUGCGAUAACUUCCGAUUGCUGUGACAGACUAGGUCUACGACCUUCAC